UAUGCUGUUGCUCUUUAUGCAGCUGAAACGGGUGCGCGGCCCCUUUAAAUGUGUAGCAACUGCGCCGGAGCCGCUCCCUCCCUCCCCGUCCGGGUGCUGCCGCCGCAGGAAGGUCGUGCCAUCAGCUGAGGCAGGAAGUCGUAAAUGUGGAAGAUGCCGCCCUUGCCCGGUGCAGAAUUGGUACGGACGCCUCUCCAGUUAUAUCGGUACCUCUUUCGAUGUUGCAGGCUCCUUCCAACACAAACCAUACAGCAGCAUUACAAGCAUACAAUUAGACAGAAUUUUAAGAUUCAUGCGGAUGAAGAUGAUCCAAAGAGAAUUGAACAGAUUAUCAAAAGAGCAAUAGAAGAUUCAGACUGGAUUCUGUCCAAAUAUAAAAAUAUGGAACUACCGAAGUAGUGAACACACUACAAGCAAAAUAAUGAAGAUAAUGAAGAUAUUGGCUGGUACCAAAGCUGGAAAGUUAAGAGAAAACAGUGGCGAAACACUUAAUGAUUUACUUAGCAUGGGACAUUUAUGCCCUGUUCGGUCACUGUAAAGAUCUAUACGAGAGACAAACUUGAAAGAGGAAAGAAUGUUGGUGUGUCCUUGGAAUGCAGAAUUUUUUGGAUGUCCGUGAGGCAUUUUUAUUUUUGACUUUAGAGUAUUUAUAUCACAUUUGUUAUUAAACUUGUGAUUUUAUCACUGAUGCUAACCAUUUUCCCACCAAAAUACAGUUCUCAUUUGGGAG